GGGGGGGGAAGAGCACCCCCGCUGAAUUUUUCCAUAGUCCACAGUGGAGGUAUUGUUCAAAUCCAGGUCACAGUAUGGGGGGAGAUGAAUGUAUUUAAAAUAACAAUUGAUUUAAUGAAGCAGGACUUCCACCAUAUAGAAGUGGCACUUAGUAAGCAAGGGAAUGGAAAGUACUUUCAAACACUAACUAUGAAGUGCACAAAAGUGCAAAUUUAUUUCAAAUGGAUAAGUACAUAAAUAAAUAUAUAUUUUAAGUACAGAUUGUUCUUAAAUAAGGGAAGAAGAAAUGUCAUAAACUCACAGCUCUGAAUUUAGCUGUCCUUUCCUCUUUUCUCUUUUGAAUUUUGCAUGCAGAUGUGCCAAGUACCUUUAGAUAGGGAAAUAAUUUGGUCUAAGAAUAGAUCAGACAAGACUAGAAUAAAUUAGGAUAGAAUAAGGUCAGUCAGUAGAGGUUGGUGCUCAUUUCCACCACUGCUCCUUCAUAUUUUAAGCUUUCUUUGUAUGAUGACCACUCCACUGAACAGAUGGAAGUUUAGAGUCUUGCUUAAAUAUAUAGAAAGAGUUAUCUCAGUAUGUCCAGGCUUUAGGACUUUUUGCAACAGACAAGUUAAACAUUUUAAUUAAUGUAAGAACAACACCUCUAGUUCACAUCCUUGUUCCAACAAGUCCAAACACUCAGAAUGAUGACUUUCAUUAUAGAAGCGUAUUUUUUGUCUGUUGUUUUAAACUUUUUUUUUCUUUUAUCAUUGAGGGCCCCUUUCUACACAAGGGUCCCUGGGCACAUAAUCAUAACCCAUUUAGUAGAUCCGUCCAUGACUCCUGGUCUACCCACACAGGUGCUUUCACUACUAGUGGUUGAAGAGCUCAUUCUUCCAUUUGUUGGGUUUUUGUUGCACCUGUUAGGGCGGAACAACUUGUACCUUUCUAUUAUUUUAUAAGAAUAUCGAUUUUAAAAAUUCCUGGCAUAGCUCCACCAAACUUCAUCCUAAACAGAGGUUUAAUCUGUAGGCCUUUUCACUGACACACAUUUAACAGUUUUUAUCCAAAGAUGUAGUCACGAGUAAACCAUGACAGUGUGACAGUGAGCCAGGACAUUAUCAGGAUCCUGAAAUUAAAGCAAAAAUCAUUCAUUUGAUUAUUUACACCAGUAGGCCUACUUUUCCUAAUGUGUCAUGUUAAAAUAUCUGUUGUGAGAAAGAGUGCAAAUCCAUUCCAAAACAGAUAACAGAUAGAACAGACAGAUAAGAUAACAAACAGAAAGAUAGAUAAAAGAUAGUUUGUCCAGUGAGGCAUAUGAGCAUUUCUGAUUUGUUGCCCCGAUGGUUAAGCUAUGGUUUAGCUUUGAAGUUUCUGCUGUUGAAUCAGUCGUUUCAUGUAGCUGACCUAUCCACCAACACAACCUUGGAUUUCAUUGCAAAAUUGCAAUGGCUGUUCUAGCUCUGAAAAGGAUGAGGUUAUUUAAGGGUUAUUUUAAGUUAAAGACACAUAGCCUUUAUAUUGUGUAUUUUAUUAAGAACGUACACUUUCAAGUCAAAAACAAGUUCCAUGGCCUGUUCAUUCAGUUCUACGUCUGAGCUUCACUUUGCAAUUUUGUAUGUGCAGAGUUUGACACUUGAAGGCUGUUUUCACAUUUGGCGAAACAUUUCUUUAUGCUCAUCUUAAGUCUGAGUUUAAGAUUGGGUCCUAGCCUACAAGCAUGAUUUGUUACAUCACAAACAGUUUGGAGCCAAUGCAGGGCCAGUAUGCCAGUAUAAGGAAUGUAUUAAAAUAAACAUAUUUGCAAAUUCAAACGAUUUGAUGAUGGAGUGGGAGUAGAUGUCAUUUUAAGGACUUUUAACGAGGUAACUGCAAAACAUACCCAAUUUAUUAUUCCAAUCAGAUGAUUUUUAUAGCCCUAUGUCCUAAAACAAGUCUGGAAGGAUUCUUAAACAUUUUGAUGAAAAUUGUUUACUAAAUUUAACUUUAGCUUUCCCCAUCUGUACUAUCUUUCACUAGUUUGAAUAUGGUGCCGCAAUAGAGCAUAAGUUGUGGACUGUGGACUCUACAGGUUUGUGUUGCAGCCUAUAGAGGACACUGUGUUACCGCCUGCACACUGAUCACCUCUCUCCCCCCCUCUCUGCUCUGUCUCCUCCCAUGCUCCUUCACUUCGGAGGACCGGUCUCCGGCUUCACACAGCGUCUCAUCGCGUCUACAGGAUGAACUUCUAACUGUGGAUGUAAAGUGAGUCAAUCGGAUCAGUCUUCAUUACUGUUCGUGGAUUCAAGUCUGCGCAGUCUGAUUUGGGUCAGCGGGGGCCCGGGGUACGGAUCCUCUUCUGCAGCCCGGCGUGUAAUCUGUGAUGGAUCCGGGUUUCAUAAUAACUUAAACGUCCCAGACCGGUUAGAAGACAAACUGUUUAUUUAGAUAAAGACCGAAUCAGUGGGGACAUGGACGGGGCGGACGUGAGCCAGCUGUCCGAUGAGGAGCUGCUGAUGCAGGGGAAGGAGGAUCUGGUCCGGAGGCUGAGGAGACUGGAGAGCCGCAACAUGGAGCUGAUGCUGGAGCACGGGAACAUGAUGAAGGACGUGAACCGCAGACUGCAGGUCCACCUUCAUGAGAUCCGGAGUCUGAAAGAAGUCAACCAGAAACUGCAGGACGAUAACCAGGAGCUAAGAGAGCUCUGCUGCUUCCUGGACGACGACCGACAGAAGGGCAAGAAGGUGUCCCGGGAGUGGCAGAGGUUCGGCCGCCACACUGCCAGCGUCAUGUGGAAAGACGUUGGGCUGUACCAGCAGAAACUGACCGAGCUGGAGGCCAAUCAGGACACGCUGAGGACGGAGAACGUGGAGCUGAAGGAGAUCAUCUUCAUGCUGGAUGAGGAGAGGAACGGCGCCGGCUCCAGGAGCUCCAUCGACAGCCAAUCCAGCCUGAGCAACCUGAACGGACCGGUGCCGGUGCGAGACGUCGGAGAUGGAAGUAGUACCUCCAGUGCUGGAAGCGCUGGGAGUCCAGACCACCAUCACCACCACCACCACCACUUACACAAAUCAUCCGAAGGGAAGAUAGCAUCUCUGAGGAGGUCUAUGGACGACCUGUCCGCCUCUCAGAGAGGAGUCUCUACUGGUCUCAGUGAUGCAUCAGCCAACUACAUCAGACAGCUAGAGAACAAGGUGAGGAUGCUGGAGGAUGAAAACAAGCAGCUGCUGACAGAGCCGAAUGGAGGAGAAGUGAAGACACUGAGGAAGGGUUUAUCCCUUUAUCAUUCAGAAAGUCAGCUCUCACAGUUCCACGACAACAUGUACAACGGUGCUUCUCGGACCCCCAGUGGUGAACCCUCCCCCACAGGGAUCUAUUUCCCCCCAGGGCAGAAACCAGAGGCUGUUGUCCAUGCCAUGAAGGUGUUGGAGGUCCAUGAGAAGCUCGACAGGCACAACUCACAGGAGUAUGAUGACGAUCUCAGUGAGAAAGAGAAGGCUAUCGUCAGAGAGAUGUGCAACGUGGUUUGGAGAAAGCUGGGUGAUGCUGCCGGAUCCAAGCCUUCCGUCCGGCAGCAGCUCUCAGGCAACCAGUUCAAAGGACCUUUAUAGUUGUCAAACAAAAAGAGAAGACCUGCAAACCUAUAUUACCAGUUUGGACUGGAAGCCUUCAGCACAGUGUUUUCUCUCUCAGCUGAUGAACUGAGACCUCAUCAGCCUGAACUAAGCUGAGUUAUAAUGGAUGUUCACUUCAUAGUACUAAAAUGCAAACACCAGAACACUAUGGCAAGAACAAAUUUGGUGCCAUUAGAAACCAAACAGCCAAUAUAAAUGUCUGGAUCAUGGACAUAGAUGUAUAAAAACUUGUAGGAAUUUUUGAAACCUGGAUUUGGAUUUACCUCUCAUCGUUUUGGAAGCGGAAAAUCCAAAUGUGAGAAAUGUGUAUGGCGAUUGGAUGGAGUGGAAAAGCAAAAGUCAGUCACCGCAAUGUACUGUCAAUCCAGUGAACAUACCCCAAACUCUCUCCUCAAGCCUCUUUAAAGGUACAAGAAUUCAACCUAGAGAAAAGAAAAACUUAAUUCUGGAAAUAUAAAAAUACAUUUGUGUAGAAAAAUAAUUGACUUAUAUUUGAGGACAGACUCUGGAGGAUUUCCGAAGUGACUCAAAGUUUCCAGGAGGUCAUUAGAAAGACUCUAGCUUCAAGCACUUGCGCAUGUGUGUAUUCACUCAGCUUUGGUGGCUGCCACUUUGCCACCUGUAUUGUCCAGCAGGAGUGUGCUCCAAUAACCUUUUGCAUUCGCACAGUGACUCAUCAGCUCUCCAGGGACCUCCGUUUGCAUCGUGAUGAGGAAAAGGAUGCUAUGUAUUUAAACAGUCCAUGGGGUUUUUGUCUGCUUUGUUAGCCAGACCUUCCCAUCAAAACGUCCUUUUCAUUUCUUGGAAAUGAAUGGCGCUGACUUAUUGAUCAUGUUGUUUACAGUGUGAACGCACAGUGAUUAUUCAGAAAGUCUAUGAAGGACUUAAGUUGACUUCAUCAAAGCUGGUCACAACCUUCACUUUGUGUUUUAAAGUUCACUUGUCAAAUAGCCUUUUGAGGAUCGACUCUCAUAUAUGCAAGUUAUCUUUUUAAAAGUUUAUAUUUGAACAGUAAAAGUACUCAUGUGUACACUAACACUACUGGCUUUUGGUUCUAUACCUCCUGUACAUAAAUGUAGUCAAGGUCAAGAGGUGAUCCCUGAAAACUUACAAAUGAGGCAAUAAGGAUUCCUGUCAUGAGGAAUGCCAUACAAUACAUAAGGCUGGCAGUCCCUACAUAUGCCUAUCAGUAGCAUAUGAUGAGGUGUGUCAGUUCAUGCCAGGGUGGAAUGAAAACUUGUUAACUGAACUUUCUGUGUAAACGUAGGGGGGGAAAAUCCAGACAGUCAAAUUGACCAAUUAAAUCAUCAAUGAUUAAAGACAAACUAACUUUUCACUCAGGUUGUCAUUGGAAAAAAAGCAUGUUACCUUAAGGAUCUUAAUUUUUAACUUUGAAUUGGAAGAUUUAGGUCAAAACACAGCACCCUCUUUCAUUUGAUACCCCUAACAAUGUAGAUUUUCAGUCUGAACACUUGCUCAUGUAGUAUUUUGUCCAUUUUGUAAACAGUAGUCAUCAAUACUAUGAAUCACCUUUCAUUCAAAUAUACAGUAUUUUAAUUGAUUUACACAUUUCAGGCUGGUGUUGGCAAAGCUAGAAUAAAUGCAGUCAUCAGUUUUUAUUUAAGUGUUACCUAGCAAGCUCAUACAGUAAACAAGUAAACAAGACUUAUGUACAAAUCAGCUGCUUAAAGAACUUUUUUAUCGGUUAAUGACAACUAGUAGCUUUUUGCCUUUUGUGUCCAGUAUGUUUGGUGGAGCUGAAUAGCAGCAUCUUUAAAAGAACAUAGUAGCCUGAAUACUGCACACACACUGUUAAAACUGCUACCAGUGCUUUUCACAACAGGAAUUUGAUUUAGGAGCAGAUUUUGCAUAGUGUCCCUCUUCCAAAAUGCUUUAAGGUGCACUGACUGGGAAAUAUGCUUGCACCUGAUUGACUGAUAUCAAUUUCAUAUCUGUUUUUCCAGUUCAGAGAGUGGACUGGGAUGUUUUUAGUCUAGCAUAGCACAAACUAAGCCUCAAUCAAAAUAAAAAGUCUUUCCAACAUCUAAAAAACAGUCUUACUUACAAGCUAGAAUGCUAGCACCCAGCUGCUGUUGGUCAAUAAGUAGCUUCACUGCUAACUUCUCUGAAAAAAAUGGCAAUAUAUAAUUAUGUUGAAUUAUAUAUCUAUAAUUCUGUUUAAAUGGACAAUAUGCAGUACACUGUGUAAAUAAGACAGCUUAGAGGAAGAAAUGUUUUUUCAUUUUUGGUCGGACAUCCUACACCUUUUUAUGAGCUAAGUUAGGCUUGUGCUAAGCUAGGCUAAAUAUAUCUUCAUCUUAAUUGAUGCAGUCAUCUUCUCUGAGUGUGAGUAAGACAAAUAAGCACAUUUCCAAAAUGUCAAUGUUCCUUUUAUAAAUACAUUAAGUAAUCCAGCAGAUCAUUCUGCUUAGCUUAUUUUGUAAGUGUCUACUACAGUGUUAUCAAUGUUUAAUGCAUUAUAAACAUUGAUAAUAUCGUCCAUUUUUGAUAUUUCACAAUUUCAAGCUAAUUUUGAUCAUUUAAGGUGACUUGGCACUGCAGUUACAUUAACUUUAUUACAGUGGCCAUUUUGAAUGAAGCAUACAUCACAAAGGAAAAGCAGGACAAGUGAGGGUUUCCCUUUGAACUAAGAAUUAGCAAACAUCAGAUACGCUAAGUAGCUACUAGUAUAUUAGACUUCAAAAUUUGAACAUUGCUUAUGUCCUUCUUUCUAAUAUGUUUUGCCAUGGCAAAUCUGCAAAAUCUAUUCCCAUCAAUUUAUUCCAUGUUUGUAUGCACCUUUAACAACACGUCCAAGCUGUUUGUUUCCUAAGUGUGAGAGAAGCUCAAAAUGGCUAUUUUGGAAAUAAGGGCUGGGUCUGAAAUCACUCCUUAUUUACUAUAUAGUUCACAUUUUAUAUCUGCCAUUUUAUUUGAGUGCCCAAAUUCUGAAUAUGUAAAUGUUUUCACUAUAUAGUCUCAGAAAUUCUACAAUGGAAGGGAAUAGAAGUGUCCAUGUACACUACUUUCUGACAACAAUUCGACAGGUUCCCCAUCACCCCACCACACACAAUGAUGAAUGGUUAGUAACUGUCCGAAAUUUCAAUUUAGUGGUCACCAUAGAGUUUGGGCAUAUACAAAACAUGAAAAAUGAAACUUAUUCAUUUAUUACCCUUUACCCCUGCAGUGCUAAGAUCUACCUACCUGGAUCAUAAGUAUGUGUCUUAACAGUUUGUAUACCUUAUUACCUCAAUUUAAUAGACACUUGUAAGAUAGAAAAUUGAAGGAGAACAUUUUUUAGGAUGAUGCUCUAUAUACUGUACAGUCAUGUAUUACAGUGCACACCUAUUUUGCUCAUUCUCACAUUUGUAUGAAAUUAUUUUCUAUCAAAGAUAGAAUUUCCUGUGAAAUUCUUUAAGUUGAACACAUUGGUAAAGAUGUUAUGUGUGCACCAUGUGCUGUCUAUUUCUUAAAUAAGGCCAUGCUGUUAUGUCCUAUUAUUAAAUAAAAUAUUUUUUUCACAACAGGCAUUUGACAUGGCACAGAAGGUAAACACAGGUGUAAUCAAUUAUAUUAAUUACAACUACAUACCAUUUAGAUUAGCCAGUCUAAAGGCCCUGCUAUUGUGCAUUCUGAUUCACUGAAAUGGCUUACUUGGACACUUAAUGGACCCAUUGUUAAUGUUAUCAGUUUUACCUGUGCAUUUCCUGCUAUUACAAGUCAAAAUGUUUGCUGUGAAAAAGUGAGUGUGGCUCGAAUACCUGAAUCUAGCUGGUGACUUGUGUUUGUUGAUUAACCCAAGUUUCAUAUGGUCACCUGAAGUUGCAGCCACUUAUACAAUAUGAAAAGUAACCAUUUUAAUGAGUAAAAAAACGAAAGAAAUAUAUGGUAUCAGGAUGUUUCUAUUUGAAGCCAAUUCUUUGGCUAAAACAAAUUAUUGUUAUGCAGGUCCAGAGAAAAUACAUCAGAUGAAUUAUCUUUGGAAAUUUGCGGAGUGACCUUUGUUCAAAACCUUUAGCCCAUUAUGCAUAAAUUUGCUCGCUUUUUUAAUUUCUUGAGACCACAAAGGUAUCUUUUAAUAUGUUGAAAUGUUUGGGGGAAAUGGAUAUUUUCUUAUGGGGACAUUCAAAUGCACUGCUUAUUUUGUACCUCAUUGAGGUACUGACUUAGAUCUAGUCAUGAAAUAUUCCUCUGUAACGGUGUAUUUUAGAGAAGGAAAAGAGCUGUUUAUAAAUACAUAUUUCUCAUAGUUUACCAUGGAGUAGCACGCUUUUAUAUUUUUCAAUAAGCUGUAUGUAGCAUAAAAUGUAUUUUAGCAAUAUAUGAUAAUGAUAUGAGAUAACUGAAAAGCCACUUUUAGAGGAUUUUGAAAUAAAAUUGAAGUAUACUGUC